GCGCGGUGCAUUGUGGGCAGAGGGGCGGGGGUUGGGAAGAUGGCGGCUCCCAGCCUCCUCAACUGGAGGCGGGUUUCCUCCUUCACGGGGCCGGUACCCCGCGCCCGGCACGGACACCGGGCCGUGGCCAUCCGGGAGCUGAUGAUCAUCUUUGGAGGGGGCAACGAGGGCAUCGCGGACGAGCUGCACGUCUACAACACGGUUACAAAUCAGUGGUUCCUACCUGCUGUUAGAGGAGACAUCCCUCCAGGUUGCGCUGCCCAUGGAUUUGUCUGUGAUGGUACCAGAAUACUAGUAUUUGGGGGAAUGGUUGAAUAUGGAAGAUACAGCAAUGAGUUAUAUGAGUUGCAAGCAAGUCGUUGGUUAUGGAAAAAAGUGAAACCCCACCCCCCUUCUUCCGGUUUACCUCCUUGUCCUCGGCUUGGACAUAGCUUCUCUUUAUAUGGUAACAAAUGCUAUUUGUUUGGUGGUCUGGCAAAUGAAAGUGAAGAUUCAAACAAUAAUGUUCCCAGAUAUUUGAAUGAUUUCUAUGAGUUGGAACUACAGCAUGGUUCUGGUGUUGUGGGUUGGAGCAUUCCAAUGACUAAAGGAAUUGUGCCUUCUCCAAGAGAAUCCCACACGGCUGUCAUAUAUUGCAAAAAAGAUUCUGGAAGUCCUAAAAUGUAUGUCUUUGGUGGAAUGUGUGGUGCUCGCUUGGAUGAUCUAUGGCAGCUUGAUUUAGAAACUAUGUCUUGGUCAAAACCAGAAACUAAAGGGACAGUGCCACUCCCACGAAGCCUUCACACAGCCAGUGUUAUAGGAAACAAGAUGUACAUUUUUGGUGGAUGGGUUCCACAUAAGGGGGAGAAUAUUGAGACUUCACCUCAUGAUUGUGAAUGGAGAUGUACUAGUUCAUUUUCUUACCUAAAUCUCGAUACAGCAGAGUGGACCACCCUAGUAUCAGAUUCUCAGGAAGAUAAAAAAAAUUCAAGACCAAGACCAAGAGCUGGACACUGUGCUGUUGCGAUUGGCACUCGAUUGUAUUUUUGGAGUGGAAGAGACGGCUACAAAAAAGCACUGAAUAGUCAAGUUUGCUGCAAGGAUCUUUGGUAUCUUGAUACUGAUGCAUCAGAUAUUCUAUCAAAUUUCAUCGUCAUGAAGAAAUUUCUCCUGCUCCAAUCUGGGAUGAUUGUCUUCCACAAAUCCAGCCCAGCUAUCAUCUUGGAGUCUCCCUUCAUCAUCUUCCUGGGGAUAUCUUUUGCCUCUCACCUGUGCCGGAUUCCCCGUUUCCUGGAUCCCAUAUUUUCCCCUUUCUUAGUUUACUUUUUCAUUUUUUUUGUGGAAUACAUCCCAGGAAAAGGGUGCAUAGAGAAACCGCCAGCACCAUCACAAGUACAACUGAUCAAAGCCACUACCAACUCUUUCCAUGUCAAAUGGGAUGAAGUGCCUACAGUUGAGGGCUAUCUUUUGCAGCUGAAUACAGACUUGCCGUACCAAGCUGCAUCAUCAGAUUCUUCAGCAGCACCAAAUAUGCAAGGAGUCAGAAUGGACCCUCACAGACAAGGCAGUAAUAACACCAUUCCUAACAGUAUCAGUGAUACAAUGAACAGUACAAAAACUGAACAUACAGCUAUGAAAGGAACUUCUGUGAAAAACAGACCAGAUCUCAAAGCAUCAGCUGAUUCUAAUGCCACUUUACAUUCAUCUUUGGCAACUAAUGCUUCUAAUCAUAAUAGUUGUGUUGUGGAUGUGCUAAGGAAAAAUGAAGGUCCUCAUACUUCAGCAAAUAUAGGUGUUCUAAGUAGUUGCCUGGACUUAAGAACAGUAAUCCCUGAAACUUCUGUAUCCAGUUCUGUUUCCAGCGCACAAACUAUGGUAACCCAGCAGACCAUUAAAACUGAAUCAUCCAGUACAAAUGGGGCAGUUGUAAAAGAUGAAACUUCACUAACAACAUUCAGUACCAAAUCUGAAGUUGACGAAGCAUGUGCACUGCCUGCGACUAAGAUCAGCCGUGUAGAAGCACAUGCUACAGUGAUGCUGUUUUCUAAAGAGACUCCUUCAAAUCCAGUGGCCACAAUGAAAGCAGGAGAACGACAGUGGUGUGAUGUAGGAAUUUUUAAAAAUAAUACGGCUUUGGUGAGCCAGUUUUAUUUGCUGCCAAAAGGAAAGCAAAGCAUCUCAAAGAUAGGAAAUGCAGACGCACCUGACUACAGUUUACUUAAGAAACAAGAUCUUGUUCCAGGCACAGGAUACAGAUUCAGGGUUGCUGCCAUCAAUGGUUGUGGAAUAGGCCCUUUCAGCAAAAUCAGCGAAUUUAAAACUUGUAUUCCCGGUUUUCCUGGAGCUCCUUCUGCAGUCAGAAUUUCAAAGAAUGUUGAGGGUAUCCAUCUCUCCUGGGAACCUCCAACUUCCCCUUCUGGAAAUAUUUUGGAAUAUUCAGCCUACUUGGCUAUCCGCACAGCACAAAUACAAGAUAAUCCAAGUCAGCUUGUGUUUAUGAGGAUUUAUUGUGGUCUUAAGACAUCAUGUAUAGUAACUGCCGGGCAACUUGCAAAUGCACAUAUCGAUUAUACAUCCAGGCCUGCCAUUGUGUUCAGGAUAUCAGCAAAGAAUGAAAAGGGAUAUGGACCAGCUACGCAAGUUCGAUGGCUUCAAGGUAACAAUAAAAAAGCACCUUUAAAUUGAAUUUUUUUUUUUUACUGAAGCUAUUGUGAUGAUUAUUUAUUAGUAACUGGUUUUAAGAUUUGUCAUUUAAAAGAGUAUUCUCCGACUGUAUUUCUAGCACUUAUGAGUUUGAGUUUGUAAGUUGUUCUUAAAAUGUAUUUGCUCAAUUUUAGAUCCAAAUAAAAAUAGAAAAGAAGCAAAGACUCUCUGAAAAUUAGUAUAUGGAUUCGUCCUUACAGUUAUAUAACUGCUUUUUUUGUAAAGGAAAAUAGUAAAUUAAGAUAAAAGCUAGAAGGCUUUCUUACCCCAGUAUCUUUUCUAAAGGCCAUGUAACUCAGUCAUCCUAGAGUUAUUGAGAUGAUUCUAGUAACUGGCUGUUGUGCACUGCGCUGUCCUACAUAGUAGAUGUUCUCUCCAUUGUCAAGGACCCGUCUUUGAGUACUCCCUCUAACUUUAUUAUUCUAGAUGAGCAGCGGUCCUCUUAAUAACUGUCUUCUACUGGACAAUAUUUGUGAUACUAAUUUUAGUAGCCGCUAUUUGAUUCAUUUCUUUGUUUGUCUACAGUUAGCACAGAGCUUAAGAAAUUACAAAAGAAAGAAAGAGGCGAGUUCAGAAACUCUGAUUUUGAAUUUUUAUUAUUUUCCAAGAAUCAUGGCAAAAUACAAAAAGAAUAAUGGGUUUUCUUGAUUCAUAUCUGAUAUAUUGGAAUAUAUUUUUGGCCAAAGCGCUUAACUUACCCGGUCCUCGGUUUUCUCAUUAAUAGAAGACAGAGUUAAAAAAAUUUACAUUUAAGGUUUCUUUCAGCACUAAAAUUCUGUAUUUUCAUCAGAAGCAAAGUGUAUCUGUGAACAUUUUAACAUCUGUCUUAAUGGCUUUAACUUUGCUUUUGCUGAAAUUAAUAAAACCUUCAUAAUUUAAAAUUCAAAAUUGAAGUAUAUAUGUCCUCCUUAUUGCAGAAAGAAAGAAGCACCUUAACAGAACACAAGUUUUGAAAUAGUGUUUUAAACAUUUGUAAGAUUUUUGUAAAGCUCUAAAUGUUUUAUUUUUGCAUUGUUUUUACCUCAAAAUUGUAUAAACUUUUUUACAACUGAAAUAUAAGCAUUAGACAGCUCACUCAGGUCCCACUGCAACCUUAAAGAUGCAGAUAGGCAUGAUGGAUCCUCUGCCACAGGUAGCUUGUUUUGAACCUUUUUGGAAUGUCAUGGUUCCACUGCCUGUUCAGAUCUGGAAUGGAAAUACAGAGCAAUAAGUGCAGAAAAGGUCGUUCACACUACAAGCUGCAAUAACCGCACGGGCCCAGGCCUAUCUUUUUUAUACCAUGUAACCUUAUGCCAGUGUAGGUUGACUGAGUAGCUGUGUCCUCGAACUUCACAUAGAAUACUCCCAGCCAAGAUGGAUUUAAUUGUGCAGAAUUGAUAUAUAUGUAUGUUCCAGUUACUAAUUUAAAGUGUAUAGAAUAUUUUAAUAUAUAAUUUUUGUAAAGAACUGGGAUUUUUAUACUACAGUAUUUGUAAUUAAUGUGUCUCACUAAUUAAGUUUCUCUUGAAGAAAAUAUGCAAACUGUUAGACACGUAAUGAGUGAUUUCCAAACUCUAAAGGUAAAAUAAAUGCACUACUCUGGUGUUGUUAGAAUACCUUUUUUGUGGCUGUAUGAAUCCUUAAUCUUUAAAUGUGUAUUUUACAAACAAUGUUUACAAGGAGCCUCUCUGGUUUGUUAUGUCAGCACCUCCCUUGGUGAGAGCUUCAUUCUGCAUUUGUUAAAUUCAUAUGCUUUGCUUUUAGCAUAUGCUUGCUUUUUGCACUAGUAGAAUUUUAACUUACCUCAUUAUUAUGUUUGUAAUCAUUUGUAUAGAUUCCAUAAUAUGUCUGAUAUAGGCUAAACAAAUACUUAACCAAAGUUAAAAUAAAUGGUAAGCAAUUUUGCACAUAUUCAAUGCUAGGGUUUGUUGUGUAUAUGUGUGUGUUUAGUUAUAAAAAGAGUAGGAGUGGAAACUUAGAGUAUAUGUUUCAAGUCCAAUUAUUUUAAUGAUCUGUUUGCUUUAUUAGAAAAAGGUCUCGCUUUUACCUCCUUAUUCUCUGCAUUAAUUAAUAAUUUGCAUCUCGAAGCACUUCUCUUAAUGACAGGACUAAGUUGACUUUAAGCAAAGAAUAGAAUAUUUGUUUGAGUGUGCACAUUUAUACCUGUUUAGUAUUCGUUUAGUUUACUUUGCUUUACAUUGCCUCAACUGUGCUGUGAACCUGUGGUUCUAACAUACAUCUUAUUUUUAGAGAGAAAGGCAGUCUUUCUAUACCAAGGGAUUUGUGAAAAUGACAAAUGUUUUUACUUUGAGAAUUAGCCCAGAUUGUGUUAUCAUUUUUUGGCAUUUGUAUAUUAAGCAGCAGUCAUAUUUAUGGGUGACUGAAAAAUGCCAUUGAGAAAUCUCUGUGGCUUGACAUUAAUAGUUAAUAACAGAUCUUCAAGCUGCAUGUUCAUGAAUAGAAUGGACUAGGGUAAAUAACAAGAGAAGUGCAUUUAGCUUCCUAUGAUUUGCACAUUUUCUGAGUGAAGAUCCCUGAGUAGCAGUGGGCUAGAUCAUGCAGAUAUCUUUCAUAAGAGGAUUUAUGCUGAGUUAAAUGACUUUCUUUACUCCUCCCUGCUGGAUAGGCAGUCCAGAUGUUCAAGCCCUUGUGCCACAGUCCUCUUCCUGGGCUCUACAACUUGGUUUCACAUAUGUAGUAAAAAGAUUUAGAUGUUGCAUGCUCUUAGAAUUAUAUUUUCUAAAAUAUUGUAUUGGCUUCAUUUUAGUUUAGUAAACUGUUUUGGUAAUUUAACUAGAAAUAGGGUAUUAUAAACUCACUUUUAUCCACAUUAAAACAAAACGGAAAGAAUCUGAUUGCAUGUAUGAGGCCCCCUUGCCCUAUAACCCAAUUACAUAAAUACAGUCAUCUAUAAGAAGGUAAAACUGUUGAUCCAUUAUUUCAGACUUGUAGCCUAGCAAAGAUUUGAUCUGGUUAGAGAUAUGGUCUACUAUAACUGAAGGUAUUAUUUUAAAAAAAUUGCAGCACUUGUAGCAUAAAAAUCAUUUGUAACAUUGGCUAGGAAGAGAUAAUUAGUAUUUAAAGUUAUUGUAGUAAUCUGACCAUGAAUGAAAUAGGUUGCAAAAUAGACUUGGUCUUUGACUGCUUAAGGUAUAACUGACAGUUAAGUUUUCCAAGACUGAUUUUAGGCAGUUUCAUGUAUUAUGUACCAAUGAUAAUGUAAAAUAAAGCACCUUUUCUAUUAUAACCAAUUACAGGUGUUAUUUAUUUUGAACUCUAUGAGAGAAAAAUUAGUGAUGGCAGAGUAAAUCUGUAGAAAUGUUGACUUUAUAUCAUUCUUAAAAUAAUAUAGGCAGUCUCAUAAAGAACAGAUUGUGUCCCAAAACUUGUUUUUAAGUCAGUGGAUUGUGUUCGGGAGUCAUGUUCUCAUACAAACGUGAAGACUGUAUCUCUCUAACCUUUCUUGUGGCUGAGCUCGUAAGUGAAAAGGCACAUGGCUCCAGGAAACAGAUCUAAACUGUUGCCAUCUCUUUUUUUGUCUUCUGUUCACUCUUAGUCUUUUGUCUUUAUGCCUUGCACCCACUUUAAUUCACCACAGCCAGACUUCUGUCCUGCUACUCUGUCAGAACGGCUCUAGCAAAGGUCAGAGGGAGCCUCUCAUUUCCCAAAUCCGGUGAUUACUCUCGUCCUUCAUAACUCAACCCCUCCCUAGAGACUUGGACAUUUUCUUGGUUUCUGUGAUACUCGCUCUCUCUUUCUGUACCUCCUCCUGUCUGUAGUCCCCUUUUCCACUUGCACCUGCCUCCAUUCAUUUUUUCAAGACUCAGGUCCUUUUUCAAGAUUCCAAAAUGGAGGGCGCCUGGGUGGCUCAGUCGUUAAGCGUCUGCCUUCGGCUCAGGUCAUGAUCCCAGGGUCCUGGGAUCGAGUCCCACAUCGGGCUCCCUGCUCGGCGGGAAGCCUUCUUCUCCCUCUCCCACUCCCCCGCUUGUGUUCCUGCUCUCACUCUCUGUCAAAUAAAUGAAUAAAAUCUUAAAAAAAAAAAAAAUUUCAAAAUGGAGCCUUUCUUGACACGCUCCAUCCAUAUCCGGGUAGAUUUGCCCCCUUCUUCUUGUGCCCCCACUGUCCUUUGUCAAAUCUUCUGUCACAGCAGCCUAAAAAACAUUGUAUCCUUACUUGUUAGCAUUGUUUUCUCCCUCUGCCAGAAUGGUGGUAGGUCUUUGAGGCAAAGACUGGAUCUUUAUAUUUCUUACAUAUCGGCCAUUCAGCUGGUACUUAAAUAUGUUAACACAUGGUUAAAGAAAAUUGUCAUCUUUACAUCUCUCCAUAUUCUCACUCCCCUUUCUCAAAUUGGGAUGAAAAUGGGAGGGAGGCUUUGCUAGGGAAAAGAGAUUUUAGCAGAUUUAGUAAGUCUCUGGAGGAAAUACUAACACCAGCUUUGUCUUAUCUUACCCUGCUCUUACUUAGGUUCCUAGGAGAAGUUCUGGGAUAAAUAAACGGUGUGUCACAUAUGUACUGGGCUAAAAGGGGUUUAAUCUUGGUAUGUACAGAUCUCAAGCAGAAGUCUUUGAUCUAAAAAGAUCUGAGCAUUUAGUGAGAUUGUUGGAUAUUGCUGAAUUACGAUUUUUAAAAUUGGAUGAUCCAGAAAAUGAGCUAAAAAUAUUUCCAAACUAUUUCCUUAUAGGAAAGCCAUGGGCAAUUAUUUAGCAUUAGGAAAAAACCACCUACCUAUUUAAUACUUAAGCACAGGGACUGCUGAAAGACAUGGAACACCAGCAUUAAUACAUAUCAAGUCAGGCCACUGUUGUCACCUCCGAGCUUAUAGGACAAAGGAUUCUUAUCCUAAUAGAAAACAACAUGACAUUGGCACAACUUCCACAUUUCCCAGUUAUAGUUGGGAGUCCCUGUACUAUUUCUGUAACUCAGGAAGACUUGUGUGUGUGUGUGUGUGUGUGUGUGUGUGUGUGUGUCAUGCCUGGAAAAACAUGAACUGCACCAUUCUGGGGAGAAAAAUAUUCUAUGAACUGAAGAAGAAAGAAAGGCUAUAAAAUCCAAGGAUACUAGCCUCCUUGUUCAAAAUAGAUUUCUAUAUCUUACUAGUAUCUCUUUGCUGCUUUCCUGUCCUCUGAGGAACUAAAAAAAAAAAAAUGUCCACUUGUGAGAUUGUUAAUUUCAGCAAGGUCAUCUGAAACUGAGUGUGAGGUUCUUUUGUAUAUUUAGUAUCUUGGAUAAAUUGAAUUGGGGGGCCUGGUACUUAAAGGUCAUCAUAUUCACAAUCUGAAUACCACUCCUGCCAGAGCCUCACAUUCAAGUCCUGAGAAUACAGGGUUACAAAGCCUUUGGCCUUAGAUAGAGAGAAGGCUAGGAAGACAUAGGUAUGGAGUACAGCAGCAACAGAAGGAUUCACUAUUUCCUGAUUUGAUUUUGCUGGGUCAACAAAAAGUCUUUGCAGGGUAUUUAGGGAUGUCAGGGUGUUGACUCCUGAAGAUAAAAGUGUAAAAAGUAUGAGUUGGUGGCAUAUCAGAUAGGAAAGCUGUUGCAGAGAAGGAAAUUGCCCCCUUCCUACCCACUCCCCCUUCCUGGUCUUCUUGCCACCCAGGGACAAGAAGCUAAAGGACCCAUCAUUGCUCAGCAUGAGAACUGAGGAAAGCACAGGAGAACCUGUUGUGUCCAAGCAUAUACAGGUUAAAAAUAAAAGGUAGAAGCUGGUAUUUGUUUUUGAACAUGAGAUAACUCUAUCUACUGGUAAAUCGUGGUCCAGUAAAUAUCCAGCUCUGACCAAGAGGAUUAUUUGUUCCUUGAAUCUGGGGAGACAGAAUGGAAAUUCCUUAAGAACUUGAGAAAGGUUUCCUCCUAAUUUCUCUGUUUCUUAUUGGAAAGGGAGGAAAAAGCUGCAGGUAUAAUACUGACCAUCCAGAAUAACAAAGGUGUAGGUAUGCCACUUAGGGUAGGCACUUAGGUCUGACUUUCUGAUCCAGAGUGUCCCUGUCCCGGCCACCGCAGCCACCAGCUGUGAGGGUGGGAGUUGCGGGGGGGGGGGGGGGGGUGCAAGAUGGUGGAGUAGCAGGACCCUAAGCUCAGCCGGUCCCACAUUUACGAAGUCUUCCCGCCACCAGUUGCAAUGUACCACCCCCUGGUGGCAUGUCCCUUCCAGCUUAAAUAUGGUUGAGAUUUUAGGUCUUGUAGCUGUCUGGGACUUUUACAAUAGCUACAGCAAUGUCUGGAACUUUCUGAUGAGUUGGCACCCCUGUGUUAGACCAAGCUGGGGACCCUGGACCUGGAGAAUACACCUUCGACUUCCCCAUUUCCUGGAAAUGGGUUGCAGGCCUUCUGCUGCCAGGCCUAGUCUACCUCUUGCAAGAACUCCCUUACCCGGGAUAAUAACUUGAGCUUGCCCUGUUUGGGUAAAGGGGCUGGAUCAAACGUUUCAAGAUCUUUUUUCUUUUUUUCUUCUUUUCAAAUUUUGAAAUUAUAUACCAAAUUAAUAGCUAUUUUUGAGGAAAAAUCGCACCUUAACUAUGUUUUAUUUAAUCUGCACAGUGACACUGCCAGCAAUGACCUUGGCAAAGACGCGAUUGCAAAAUUGUUAUGACCUUUGUGUGCCCAACCUGACACCUGUUAUUGAGCAGGGUGGAGAAACAGUAACUACCAUGUACUUUCUGUAUUUUUGGAUUACUUAGUACAUAAAUAAUUAGGAGAAUGUGCCAAAGGGAAUCUGUACUUUUGAGAGUCAGCAGAAUUCAGUUAAGAGGCAGGGUCUUCAUCCAUUUAUUUUGGGAUUUGCAUCACCCAUCUGUAUUCUCUGCUUUAUACAAAUGGUUAUACCCAGGGAACAAAGUAACCAGUUAACCAGAAUCAGGCGGGUGACUGAUUCAACUUGGCAGAGCAGUCCUGUAAUACUGCCAUCUCGAUGGAUCCUGACCUUUGGGAACCUAGUUAACUUCUGUGAGGAAUAGCCCAUACUCAUUCUUCUUUCCCUAUUAUCAGGCACUUAUUCCCCACCAGUUAAAAUAAUUAGCUGAGGGGUGCCUGGGUGGCUCAGUUGUUAGGCGUCUGCCUUGGGCUCAAGUCGUGAUCCCGGGGUCCUGGGAUCGAGCCCUGCAUCGGGCUCCCUGCUCUGCGGGAAGCCUGCUUCUCAUUCUCCCACUGCCCCUGCUUGUGUUCCCUCUGUUGCAGUGUCUCUCUCUGUCAAAUAAAUAAAUAAAAUCUUUAAAAAUAAUAAUAAUAAUAAUUAGCUGAUUUGCAGUGCACAGCAGUGGCUGAAAUAUGGGGAGAUGUUCCCUCUCUUGGUUGAUGAAAUUAUGUAGUAAAUAAUCUUAUUAUCUUUUUUCUUUUAAAAUAUUUUUUGCAAAAUAAAUAAAAUGACCAGACGUGUAUUCAACCUUCAGCUUAAGAACUAGAAUAUUCUCAGAUACCCAGAAUCCCCCCAUUUGUCCUCAACCCACAUACCACACAAGGCAAACAUUAUUCUGGAUGUUUUGUUAAUAAUUCCCAUGUUUUUAUUUAUGGUUCUCCCAUCUAUGUAUGUAUCCCUAAUAGUAUGUUGUUUAGACUUACCUGAUUUUGAACUUUCAUGUAAAUGAUUUCAUGCUGCAUUAUAUCCUUCCGUGACUUUUUUUCUGACCGUUGUUUUUGAGAUUCCCAUCCCUGUUUAUGCAUGUAACUGUAUUUCAUUUGUUUUCACUGCUGUACAGUAUUCCAUUGUAUGCUAAACCACAGUUUGUUUAUCUGUUCUUCUGUUCAUGGAGAUUUGGAUUGUUUUCCAUUUUGGGCUAUCAAACAAUGCUGUUCUGAACAUUCUGCCAAUUACAGUGUAAGCUCCUUGCGGGCAGGGAUUUUGCCUGUUUUGUCUGAUCUUGUCUGUUGAGACAUUCACGAUGUCUAGAACAAUGCAGGGCAGAUGGUAGAUGCUCAGUAAAUAUUUGACGAAUGAAUGAGUUCUUGUACAUGUCUCCUGGUGCACAUGUACAAGAUUUGCUCCAGGGAAGUUGUUUUCAAAGUAUGGUCCAGGGACCCUUAGGGCCCCUGAGACCCUUCCAGGGGGUCUGUGAGGACAAAAUUAUAUUCAUAAAAAUACUAAACAUUAUUUGUCCUUUUCACUCUUUUUCAUGAGUUUAAAUAUUUUCCAGAGAUGACCUCUUCACUCUGACAGCUAAUCAAGUAUGUACUUGUGUAUUACUGUUUUGAAAAUGCCUGUUUUAAUUUCUAAUAUAGUAAAAAUUGAUAAAUAUAAUAACCCACAUGAACAACAGCUCUUUGAGGUCCUCAGUAUUUUUUAAGGAUAUAAGGAAGUUCUGAGACUCAAAAAUUUGAGAACCACUGCUCUAAGAAGCAGGUUUUACUUGGUCAUGCUGAACUGUUUCUUAAAGCAUUUGGAGCAGUUUAUGUUCCCAGUGGCAAUGGUUGAAUGCCAUGCUCCACAUCUUAGCGAACACACGGUCUUGACUGUCUUUUAUAUUUGCCAAUUGGGUGGUGAUUAUAUGGUGUCUUACUGUGGCUUUAAUUUGCAUUUCCCUGAUUACUAAUGAAAUUUGAGUGUUUUUUUCAUAUAUGAAUGUGUUUUCUCAUGUGAAAUACUUACUCAUGUCUUUUCCCCAUUUUUCUAUUAGGUGUGUGUCUUUUUUUCAUUGAUUUAUAUGAUUUCUUUAUACAUUCUGGAUACCAAUCCUUUGUCAGUUAAACAUGUUGUAUAUAUCUUCUCCCAGUUUGUGUAUUAUCUUUUGUAAUUAUAUUGAAUCUGUUGAUCAGCCUGGAGAAAAUAUCUUUUCAGCAGUAAGUCUUCCUAGCCAAAAACACUGUGUUUCCACUUAUUUGGUCUUCUUUUAAUAUCUCUCAAUAAACUUUAAUGAUUUUUCUCCAUAAAGGCCUUCAUGUAUUAUAUUAAAUUUCUUCCUAGGAAUUUUAUGUAUUUUUAAUGAAUGCUAUGGUAAAUUUUUAAAAAUUACAAUUUCUAUUCUAACUGGUUGUUACUAAUAUAUUUAAUGUUACUCUGUGUUGAUUUUGGAUCCAGCCGCCAUGCUAAGUUUUUAUUCAUUCUAAUAAUGUUUCUAGAUGUUCUUUUGAGUUUUUCAUAUAACCAUUAUCAGAAAAUAGUGGCAGUUUUCUUGCUUUCUGAUCCUUCUACCUUUUAAAAAAUUCCUUCUUUCAUUUCUGCACUGGCUAUGACCUGUAGUACAAUAUUGAAAAGAAUGGAUAGUGAACAUCCUUGUUUUAGCCCCAAUUUUAAGGGAAUGCUUUCAACAUGUCAGCUCAGUAUUUUUUUCAUAAAUGGCCUUUAUCAGUUAAGAAGAUUCUAUUAGGGUACCUGGGUGGCUCAGUCGGUUAAGAAGAUUCUAUUUCUGGUUUGCUAAUAGUUUUAUUUUGAAUGGAUGUUGCAUUUUAUUUUUUCUUAUCUAUUUAAAUGAUUGAAUGUUUUUUACUGUUAUUGUAUUAAAUUAUGGUAGUUGACUUUUUAAUAUUGAACCGACCUUGAAUUCUAGGAUAAGCCCAACUUGGUCAUGAUGUGUGUUUUAUAAUACAUUGUUGGACUCAAUUUGCCAAUAUUUUGUUUAGGAUUUUUGCUUCUGUGUUCAUCAGUAAAACUAGCUUUAGAGUACUCUACUUUUAUGUCCUGUCAUUGUCUAGUUUUGGUAUACUAGCCUCAUGAAAUGAGAUUUUAGAUUGGAAGAGUUGAAGAUUGAAACUAGUCUUUAAAAUCAUUUGGUUGGAUGCCUGAGUGGCUCAGUCGGUUAAGCAGCUGCCUUCGGCUCAAGUCA